AUGAUACGCGUACUGCAAUUCAAGCUGUUCCGCUCGCUUUCCAUCGCCUUAAUCGCCGGAUCAUCGCUAGCACUUCCACAACAUGGAGACUUCGCACCAGUGGACGGCUCAGCCAUCGUUCGAGCUGCUGUGGCCUUCCACCAGCCGAGACUGCAGGAAGCAGAAGCCAUCUUGAAUGACAUUUCGGAUCCAACUUCGGAGCGAUUCGGCAGAUACCUUGAUUCAAAGCAGCUGCAAGACUUAUUCGCGCCCGCGGAGGAGUCUGUCGCAGCCGUUGAAGAAUGGCUGAACAAAGCCAACAUCUCCUCUGAAUGCAUGCAUCUGAAGACCACGAGCUCUAUGCUGGAGUUCGAUGCAGAGAUUGGGCAACUGGACGAGCUGUUCGCCACGACACACUACUGGAGUAAGCAUCCGGAGACCAGAAAAGUCAAGCUUCUACACGAGGACUACGUGAUCCCUUUGCAUCUUCAGGAGCACAUCGAGUUCGCACAAUUCUUGACCACCGGCCGCUCAAAGUCAGACCUCCGCAAGAGGAAGACGCAGCUAAAAAAUAGCAAACGUGGUCAACCGGACAAGGGCAAAGGCGAACCCGUUCCUCUCCCACCAUACAAGGACUCACUCCCGCUCGACCCUGCCCAAAGAGCCAAUUGCAGUGAAAAUUGGACGCCGGCCUGUAUUCGGGCACUCUACUCCCUUCCAUCUCCCGAUCCCAACCGCCGAGUGGCAGACAAUAACGCCAUCGGCAUCUUCGGCUUCGGCGAUAUAUUCAACCAAACCGACCUAACCUCCUUCUUCACAAGCCUCGCGCCGCACAUUCCCCCUUCCACUGCCCCAGACGUCCACUAUAUCAACGGUGCGGACCUCUACCCCAUCCACAUCGACGGCGAAGAAAACCUCGACAUCCAAAUGGCGUAUCCCAUCAUCCACCCACAGAAGAUGACCAUCUUCCAAACGCCCUUCAGCGGGCUGGGUGGUAUCGCGAAUGACUUCCUCGAUGCUGUCGACUCCUCUUACUGCGACAAAGAUGGAGGCGAUGAUCCGGACCUUGAUCCUCACUACCCUGCUUUUGAAGGCUUCGCGGGACCGAGAGAGUGUGGAACGCAGAAGAUCACCAAUGUGCUGAGUGUCUCUUUCGCGCUGGACGAGUCGAAGCUGCCGGUCCAUUAUGUGCAAAGACAAUGCGCGGAGUGGAUGAAAUUAGCUCUCAUGGGAACGACCGUCCUCGUCGCAGCAGGUGACGGUGGCGUGAAGGGUCAAUUCAGCUGCCUCCACAAUCCGCUCGAUAAGAGUAAGAACGCGUUCAGCCCUCUCUUUCCAGGCACAUGCCCCUACGUCACCACCGUCGGCGCCCACCAAGUAACCAUAAACCCCGACUCGUCCUUCACCCCCGUCGCCAUCGACGACAAAAAGCACAACUACUGGUCCUCCGGCGGCUUCUCCAACGUCCUCCCCCAACCCUCCUACCAGUCCUCCGCCGUAGCAACCUACCUCUCCUCUUCCAACCCUUCUACCCCGCACUACCCUCCAGGAACCUACAACGCCACAGGCCGCGCCUUCCCCGACGUCGCCAUGCUCGGCGCCAACGUCACCAGGAGCGACGAAGGGCAGUUCAGAGUGAGUGGAGGCACGUCUGCUGCGGCACCGCUGUUUGCGGCGAUGAUUACAAGGAUCAACGAUGAGAGGAUUCUGGCGGGGAAGAAGGCGAUUGGGUUCUUGAAUCAGAUUCUGUAUGCGCAUCCGGAUGUUUUUGAGGAUAUUGUGGUGGGGAGUAAUCCGGGGUGUAAGACGGAGGGGUUCAAGUGUGCGAAGGGGUGGGAUCCGGUGACGGGGUUGGGGAGUCCAGUGUUUCCUAAGUUGAGGGAUUUAUUGGUUGGGUUGCCGUAG